AUGGCGGCGUAUCCACAAGGACCUGGCGGCGGCGGCGGUGGCCAGGAUCAAUACCAUGAUGACUACAGUCAAGCCCAUGGCGAUGCCUACUACCAGGACCAAGGGUAUUACGACCAAAACGAUUAUUCCCAGCAUGGAGACAGCUACUACGAUAGAAAUGGCUACGACCCCAACCAGCACAACUCGCAGGACGGUUACUAUGAUAACCAAUAUGGCUAUCAAGACGAGUACUACAACGACCAGUACUAUGAUCAAGGAUCUGGCUCAACCCAGUGGCAAGGAUAUGCAGCUGGACCCCGUCGUGGUGACUCUGAGGAGGAUUCUGAAACUUUCAGUGACUUUACGAUGAAGUCUGAGACUGCUCGCGCUGCAGAUAUGGACUAUUAUGGCCGUGGCGAUGAACGAUACAACAGCUAUAGCGAUAGCCAGAUGGGUGGCAGAGGCUACAGGCCACCAUCCUCUCAGAUUUCUUAUGGCAGGUCCUCUGGCGCAUCGACUCCGGUCUACGGGGAUUACAGCAACGCUCUCCCUCCUGGGCAGCGAUCCCGUGAACCGUACCCUGCAUGGGCGUCGGAUGCUCAGAUUCCCGUUUCAAAGGAAGAGAUCGAGGACAUCUUUUUGGAUUUGGUCAACAAGUUCGGUUUCCAACGUGAUAGCAUGCGGAACAUGUAUGACCACUUCAUGACACUGCUUGACUCCCGCGCUUCGCGAAUGACACCAAAUCAAGCCCUGCUUUCCUUGCACGCGGACUACAUUGGCGGGGAUAAUGCCAACUAUCGACGAUGGUAUUUUGCUGCUCAUUUAGAUCUGGAUGAUGCCGUUGGCUUUGCAAACAUGAAACUUGGGAAAAGCCAGCCGCAAAACACGCAAGGCCCGUAA